CCCCAGGCCUUCAAACAGGUACAAUAACAUCUGCAACUACAACUCCCGUCUCAACUUCAACAAUACAACACAGUCCUAUCGCGACCUACCAUUAACUGUCGCACAAGUUCCGUUACCUCAAUCGGAAACCCAUUCUUUAACCCAGUGCAUAAAUCCGAGAUUCCCAGUAGACCAAAAUUAAACCCGUGAACCUCCUCGACCUUGAAGCAACCUACCGAAAGUCUCCAGCUUCACCACCGAUCUCCGCCAUGGCUUCUAGGAAAGGGGCUAUCUUGAAGGUUAUUGUCCUUGGCGAUAGCGGUGUUGGAAAGACGAGUCUGCUGAAUCAAUAUGUCAACAAGAAAUUCAGCGCCAGCUACAAGGCUACCAUCGGUGCCGACUUCUUAAUCCAGAAGGUCCUCAUCGACGAUCAACAAGUCACGGUGCAGCUCUGGGAUACAGCCGGCCAGGAGCGCUUUCAAUCUUUAGGUGUUGCCUUCUACCGAGGUGCCGACUGCUGCGUGCUGGUUUUUGAUGUCAACAACUCGAAGAGUUUCGAUUCGCUAGAUAGCUGGAGAGAUGAAUUCCUAAUCCAGGCUUCUCCGAGGGAUCCCGAAAACUUCCCUUUCGUUGUCCUUGGAAACAAGAUCGAUGUCGACGAGAGCAAGCGAGUAGUCUCAAGUAAGAGGGCAGCUACUUUCUGCCAGUCUAAGGGCGAUAUCCCCUAUUUUGAGACCAGCGCCAAGGAGGCGGUCAACGUCGAGCAAGCAUUUGAUGUCAUUGCACGGCAUGCCCUGGCACAAGAGGAGUCGGAAGAGUUCAGUGGAGACUUCCAAGACCCCAUCAACAUCCACAUCGAGAACGACCGCGAUGGAUGCGCAUGUUAAGGGCCGACAACUAGAAUAUUAGGGGGAUUUCGUCUAUUUUACGUGACAUCCCAUAAAUCUUAUUAGAGUCGCUCAGCUCGGCUGAACCUUGGUCAGCCCAAUGCGCUUUCUCAACCAUCGUUCAGGUCUUUGUAUGGAAGACUUCGGAUUUUAGGGGCUUCCAGGGACAUGUCACAGAUGCGGAGCAGUGGAUUCUCAGAACCGCGUCCAUAAUGAGUGUAUAGAGACAGUUGAUACAUUGCAUCGUUGGUUUUUAGCCUCAGCAGUGCAGUACGACACUGCAGAAUUGAGGCUUAGGCGUCUUUUCAUUAUCCAGGUUUACGUAUCCAGGUUCGAUUGAGGCAUCUCGAUAUUUCUCAGAUAGCAUUCAGAAGUGUUUGUUCAUUCAUAUCCUA